AAAAAAAAAAAAAAAAAAAAUGUUUGCCAAAGCUUUUUGUAUCAGCAUUGUAUAUCUUUCCUUUGUACGGGUGACUAUACCUCCAAGAUCAUCCGAAUCUGUUUGGGUAUCCAAGACAGACAAGGUUUGUCCCGAGAAAAGUUUUAUAGUAUCGCGUUAUCAUCCAUAUAUAUUGGUAGGCCUGGUCUCUUUAUGGACCCUAUCCUAUCUGGCCCUCUUGCUUUGGUCCGAUUCUGAUGACACUGCAGUCAGACCCGAGAUUGCUCAGUUGCAUGAGCUGAAGCCUUGGCAUAUCAUCCUGACAGUGAUUGCUCUUGCAGGUUCUCAGCUUCGAGCUUGGUCCUUCCGCACGCUUUCCUGGUUUUUUACUUACCAACUAACAAUCCGUCCAAAUCAUCGUCUUAUCACUACAGGACCAUAUACCUACUUGCGUCACCCAUCCUACACAGGAGGUGUUCUCAAUCUCGGUGCAUUUUGGGCACUCCUCUGGCAUCAGGGUCUCUUUGAGGUCUUUUCAAUGUAUGCCGUUCAUGUUCUAGAAGCCAUGGGUUUAAUAUCAUCGUCAUGGCUUUUUGGUGUGGUCGGGUUAUUUCUCUGGAUCACAAUCGGACAAGUUAUAAAACGCGUCCGAGCUGAGGAAGCGAUGAUGCGAGCUCAUUUCGGACGGGAGUGGGAUGUGUAUGCGAGCCAAAGAUGGAAGUUUGUUCCUUUUGUUUAUUAG